CUCUUUUAUACCACGACCAUGCCGCGAACACCUGUCGCCCCGCGCAGUGGCUCUCUCUCCUCUACGCGCUCCCUCGGGAGGGCUGGAAGAUGCUGGGAUAGCCUCACGUACGACUGUACAAGUCUGCUUGCGCUGGCCGGAAUAAGGGUGGGAUGGAUGGAGUCGAAGGCAGAUGACUCAGAGCGGGACUGCGGGCUCGGAUCCAGCAUCUACUCAAGCAAAGGAGAGUCGGACGGGGAGGAUAAUCGAGGAGGAGCUGUCGCGAACAGCGAGAACCAACUUCCCCUCAUGCAGGCGGCCAUGUCGAGCCAGCAUCGCCCGUGA